AUGGCGACGGAGCUCGAAGAAUUGCUGGAAUUUCUUUCCUCGCCUUCUCCGCCACUGAAGAAGGCAGCGGUUGGUAUUGUUCGAGACUUAACUGGGUCCGAAGAUGGAUUGAUGUCUCUUUCUACACAUGCAAACAGUGUGCUUCCCUCCCUGUCUCGGCUCUUAAGUGAUAACAAGGAAGUCUCUGAGCCAGCAGCAGAAGCUCUUGUGAAUCUCUCACAGAACUCAAGUUUGGGUGGAAGGAUGGUCGAUAUGGGAAUGAUUAAAACAGCUAUUGAUCUGUUGUACAAACCUAAUUCUACGCUUACCCGCUUGCUAGUAAUGCUCUUGGUUAACCUCACUCAGUCGGAUGCCGGUAUUUCAUCCUUGCUUCAGGCUGAUGAUGAGAAGAUGCAAGGAUUGUAUGUGAUGAAGCUUGUGAGGUCGUUUUGUGGAUCCUCCAGUGACAAUGAAGAUGAUCCAUUUGACCAUGUUGGUUCAAUUCUUGUAAACAUCUCAAAGAAAGAAGCUGGAAGACGAAUGUUGCUGGAUUCUAAACGAGGACUGCUGAAGCAGAUUCUCAGACAGUUCGAUUCAACUAGUCCACUGCGCAAGAAAGGAGUAUUUGGAACAGUCCAUAACUGCUGCUUUGACGCUGAAAAUCAACUCCAGCAUUUGCUUACAAUAUCUGAGUUUCUCUGGCCGGCUCUACUGCUACCUGUUGCUGGUAACAAGAUAUACAGCAAAGAAGACUUAUCAAAAAUGCCCCCUGAACUUGCUAGCGCUCUCUCAAUUGAACGUGAACCCUGGGAUGAUCCCGGCAUUCGUGUACAAGCACUAGAGGCUAUUUACUUGGUUAUAUUGCAGGAGGCAGGUCUGAGAAACUUUUGGUCUGUCAAUGGACCGCGCAUACUACAAGUUGGAUAUGCAGACGAGUCAGAUCCCAAAGUAAUGGAAGCAUACGAGCGAGUCGGCUCCUGUCUGGUGCAGCAAUCCAUGGGAGAAGAUCCCAUUGACGUUUCUCAGGAAGGAGAAUAG